CAAGAAAGAGUCAACUUGAUUUCACAUAACAAUGUGUGGCAUUUGUUGUUCUGUGAGCUUUUCUGUUGAGCAUUUCAGCAAAGAUUUGAAAGAGAAUUUACUGUAUAAUCUUAGCCGACGGGGACCCAGUAGUAGUAAACAGUUGUUAAAGUCCAGUGUUAGCUACCAGUGUGUGUUUUCUGGGCAUGUCCUUCACUUAAGAGGUGUUUUAACUGCCCAGCCUGUGGAAGGUGAAAGGGGCGAUAUUUUCCUGUGGAAUGGAGAAGUCUUCAGUGGCAUAAAGGUUGAAGCUGAAGAGAAUGAUACUCAAAUAAUGUUUAAUUACCUUUCCUCCUGUAAGAAUGAAUCUGAUAUUUUGUCACUCUUCUCAGAAGUCCAAGGUCCUUGGGCUUUUAUAUAUUACCAAGCGUCUAGUCAUCAUCUAUGGUUUGGUAGAGACUUUUUUGGUCGCCGUAGCCUGCUUUGGCAUUUUAGUAAUUUGGACAAGAGUUUCUGCCUCUCUUCAGUUGGCCCACAGACAUCCGGAGUGGCCAGUCAGUGGCAAGAAGUUCCAGCAUCUGGAAUUUUCAGAAUUGAUCUCAAGUCUGCUUCCAUUUCCAAAUCUGUGGUUUUAAAAUUGUACCCUUGGCAAUCUGUUUCUGGGGAGAAUGUUAUCAAGGAGUGUGUUAAUAGCCUAAUUCAGGUUUCAGCAGACUUGCCAACAUUUGUCUCAGUGGUAGCAAAUGAAGCCGGGCUACAUCUGAAGGAACCUGUUGUUCCUUUAAAUAGGACAUUGCGGCAAGCUCCGCUUGAGAUCUCCGGCGGAACCGUCGCCAGUGUCCCUCCUACGAGGGAAACGCUUCAGAUGUUUCUUACUGACGGACACAUGAAGGAAGUCGUUCAGCAGUUCCUCGAGGUCCUGAGUCUCGCGGUGCAGAGACGUGUCUCGUGCUUACCCAGGGAUGCAAACCUGACCCCCGGUGCGGCUUUGGAAACGGGUGCCAGGAGAGCAAACGUCGCGGUCCUGUUUUCGGGGGGUGUCGAUUCCAUGGUUCUUGCAGCCCUCGCGGACCUCCACGUACCCCUGGAUGAACCCAUCGAUCUUCUUAACGUGGCUUUCGAGACUAAAGAGAAGACCGUAUCAGCUGGUUUUAACCAAAAGAGGAAAAACCAGAAAAGUCGUUAUGAAACACCUUCCAGAGAAUCCUCUGGAGAUAAUGCGGCUGGCAGCGGGGACAGGCGCGCUGACAGACGGUUCGAUGUGCCAGAUCGCGUCACGGGAAGAGCGGGACUAAAGGAGCUACGAGCCGCGAACCCUUCCCGGAUUUGGAAUUUCGUUGAAGUUAAUGUUUCUCUGGAGGAGCUGCAAGAGUUUAGAAGAGCUCGGAUACGCCACUUGGUUCAGCCCUCGGAUUCGGUGUUGGAUGACAGCGUUGGCUGCGCAGUCUGGUUUGCUGCGAGAGGAGCUGGUUGGUUAGCGGCCCCCGGCGACGUGGGAUCCUAUCGGAGCAGCGCCAAGGUGGUUCUUUCUGGAAUUGGUGCUGAUGAGCAGCUUGCGGGUUAUUCUCGCCAUCGUGUCCGCUUUCAGACACACGGAAUGGAAGGGUUAAUUAAGGAAAUUGAGAUGGAACUGGGACGAAUAUCUUCUAGAAACCUUGGUCGUGAUGACAGAGUUAUUGGUGAUCACGGAAAAGAAGCAAGAUUUCCUUUUCUGGAUGAAAAUGUUGUCUCCUUUCUAAAUUCCCUACCAGUUUGGGAAAAGGCAGACUUGGCUUUGCCCCGUGGAAUUGGUGAAAAACUAAUUUUGCGUCUUGCAGCAGUGGAACUUGGCUUAACAACCUGUGCUCUCCUGCCAAAGCGGGCCAUGCAGUUUGGAUCAAGAAUUGCAAAAAUGGAAAAGAAUCAUGAAAAGGCAUCUGAUAAAUGUGAAAGACUCCAAGUCGUUUCCUUAGAAAACCUUUCUAGUGAAAAGGAGAUGAAAGCAUAAUCCUUCAGCAUG